GUUCAAUCCGCCCGCGUGUUUAAAUAGGAUCGCGAAGCCUGUGUUUGAGUUAUUCGUUGAUUUCAUUUCUUGAGCGUCAACUACUCGUAACAGAUCAAAGAUGUCAGGACGUGGUAAAGGAGGCAAAGUGAAGGGAAAGGCCAAGAGCCGAUCAUCCCGUGCCGGACUUCAGUUCCCCGUGGGUCGUAUCCACCGUCUGCUGAGGAAGGGCAACUACGCCGAGAGAGUGGGAGCCGGUGCCCCCGUGUACCUGGCCGCCGUUCUUGAAUACUUGGCCGCCGAAGUCUUGGAGUUGGCAGGCAACGCCGCCCGAGACAACAAGAAGACCAGAAUCAUCCCCCGUCAUCUGCAGCUGGCCAUCCGCAACGACGAGGAGUUGAACAAACUGCUGUCCGGCGUGACCAUCGCCCAGGGUGGUGUCCUGCCCAACAUCCAGGCCGUGCUCCUCCCCAAGAAGACCCAGAAGUCCGCCAGCAAGUAAAAAGUCUGUACGACUUUCAAAUAUACCAAACGGCCGUUUUCACGGCCACCCAAAUUUUUCGAAAAGAUG